GGGCCAUGGGUCGGACUGCAGCUUGGCCGCUGCAGGUAGUUCAGGGGGGGGGUGUUGGUUAGGGAUGGUCAUGGGACCCUGUUUGCUCGUCCUGGACCAUGUGAGUCAUAUGAGAGAGGAGGAAGAGGAGUGGAGUGUAAAGACGAGAAGAAAAGAUGGAGGACUUGUCCCGGUGGGUGAGUGAGGCCGGGUGGUGGGUGAGGAGGUGCUGCUGUGGUGAGCAAGAUGAAGAGGAGAAAGAGAGGAGAGAUGAAGAUGAUGAUGAUGAUGGCGAGGAGGAGGAGGUGAAGAUGGAGGAUCUCGGCUUCAGAAAAAGCAGAAGUUCGACUUCGCUCCCUCCUGCUGAGCUGGAUCCGGACUGGUCUGGCUCGUCCCCCUCUGAGUCUCGGCCUCAGUGGUUCCACACGCUUCAGGUGCGACGGCUACGAGUUCAGCGAGGACGCAGCAACAGUGACCCGCUGGGAGGGAGGGGCUGCGAAGACCACUUCACCUGGAAACCAGGUCUUCAGUUUGGAACGGCUCAGUCUUAUCUGAGUCUGGAGAAACUGGGGGAGGGAGCGUACGCCUCCGUCUAUAAAGGCAUCAGCAGGAUCAAUGGGCAGCUCGUGGCUCUGAAGGUGAUUCGUAUGAAGACGGAGGAGGGCGUCCCGUUCACCGCCAUCAGAGAAGCAUCCCUGCUCAAAGGUCUGAAACACGCCAACAUCGUCCUCCUCCACGACAUCAUCCACACCAGAGACUCGCUCACCCUGGUCUUUGAAUACGUGCAGACAGACCUGGCCCAGUACAUGACCCAACACCCCGGAGGUCUGCACUCACACAACGUCCGGAUCUUCAUGUUCCAGCUGCUGCGAGGUCUGUGCUACAUCCACAGCCAGAGGAUCCUCCACAGAGACCUGAAGCCUCAGAACCUGCUCAUCAGCUACCUGGGAGAACUCAAACUGGCUGACUUUGGUCUGGCUCGGUCCAAGUCCAUCCCCAGUCAGACGUUCUCCUCUGAUGUGGUGACCCUGUGGUACCGCCCCCCCGACGUGCUGCUGGGAUCUACAGAUUACUCCACGGCCCUGGACAUGUGGGGGGCGGGAUGUAUCUUCAUCGAGAUGCUGCAGGGGGCGCCGGCGUUCCCCGGAGUCACUGAUGUGUUUGAACAGCUGCGGAAGAUCUGGACGGUCUUGAGCGUCCCCUCUGAGGAAAGCUGGCCUGGCGUCAGUCUGCUGCCCAAUUAUAAACCAGAGUGGUUUCAUCAGUCCGAGCCAAAACAGUUCAGGACCGUUUGGAAAAGGUUGAACCAGCUGCCCUAUAAGACGGAGGACUUGGUCCAGAGGAUGUUAAAGGGAGUCCCUGCAGACCGGAUUUCAGCCCAGGAUUCUCUGCAGCACCCUUACUUCAGCACGUUGCCUCUUCCCAUCAUGCACCUCAGAGACACUGUGUCCAUCUUCAAGGUUCCAGGUGUUCGUCUGGAGACGGAGGUCAGGGACAUCUACAACCCUGGGCGGAGGGUGAAACCCUCCCUGCUGCCUGGCGCCAAGUGCUGGUGAUGAAACCCUCCAAUCAAAUCACCAUCCGCCUGAGAGGACGAGCAGAGGGGUGAACAAACUGAGACUAGCCAAAACCAAAGAACAGUUAGCAUCUUAGCAUCAAACUGUGAGAAACAAUACCAUAAGUCAAGCUUACCUUCAAAAUAAAAUCAUGAUGUGUAAUAUUGACCUAUGUUCCAGGGACGGAGAGUCUGAAGGGACAAACUCAGAGACAACUGUUAAACAUAUGAGGGAAUAAAACUGCAGUAUUACAAUAUCUUGUCUGUAAAUUAGAAAUGAUCAUUAUCGUGUUAACCACUAUAAAACAUCAAACAUUCAGUUUUAUUAAUUCACACCACACAAGUUGUUUUAAUUUCAGAUCAUCUGCCAUGAAAAGAAGAGGUGAAGGAAUGAAAGUAAAAACGGCUCGUUCGGCUCAGAUGCUCUCUGUCUGUUUGGCCCCUCCUUCACUGUGACCAUCCAUUUAAGACCGUUGACCCCCCCCCCCCCGAUGGAAUAAAAGGCACUGAGGCGCCAAACCAGCAGACGACAGAGUCACAUCAUCACAGCUGGUGUUGAGGUGUGAUCACAGGUGAUCUGGCUGUUAGCAUGAAGCUACGUGCUGAUAGGGUGGAGGAAGAAUCUUCUUCUAUGUAAAUCUAAUUUAAUCAGAUUUAUUGUUGAUUUAAAUAUAAAAUGUUCCCUUCAGUCUGAACAGUUUACUCCCCCCUCCACCCUGAUUCCUGUUAGCAUAUGUUAGCAUUCUUUAGCAUGCGUUAGCAGCAGAUUAGCGAGGAUUUAUUAAUGUGUUUUUCUCUGAGGAAAUCCCCUGAAACUCUUCAUGAAUAUUGACUGAAUCUGCAGCAACUCUGCAGUGUGUUGUGUGUUUUAUUGAAAUGUGAUUUUCUGGCCGCGUGUGAAGAUUAAAGUGUUUUCAGUUGAUCCAA